AUGUCGGCAUCCGACUUCACGCUACCAAGACAUCCUGGUGUUCCAGAUGAGACCAAUGGCUCUUCGGUAACAACACCUAAAUCUUGCAACCCCAGCUCAAGAUUCGAUGCAAGAAUAAAGCACGGUAGUCAAACCCUGUCUAUGGAUAUACAACUGUGCGGCUAUCAUUUGGAUCAUAUCGAAUCGUAUGGUGGGCGAGAAAGAGUGCGCGUGCUCCACUGCCUCGACUACUAUGCCAAUUUUUGUGGCCCCAAUUAUGUAUGGAGGAACGAAGCCAUAGCAACGGGCUCAAUCCAACACUUUGCGCAAGACUUUUUUCAGCUGUCACUCGCCACGCCGGCUCUUCUCGAGACCGUCCUGGCCAUAUGCCAGGCCGAUCUCGAUCUCCGUCACCAGUCUUGCCGCACGCCUAGUAUGCGAGUGCUACAGCAUCUCACCACGGCGCUGGGGUUACUGCAGCAGAGAAUUUUGUCAGCCGACCUGACUGACGACAAAUCUAUUGCUGCUACGAUCGUGGGAUUGAUCACUAUUGAUACGAUAUUUGAGGAUUGGCCAUCGUACCACGUCCAUUUGAAAUAUCUUAGAGCGCUCCUUGUAUUACGUGGAGGUGCCGAAAGCCUCGGGUGGCAGGGAUGGUUUGCCUAUGCCUACUCAUGGGCCGAGUUAAGAUGGGCGGCACAGUUGGCGCACAAAGCCAUGGCGGAUACAACAGAAUCUUUUCCCGGCGACCAAUUCGAAGAUGAUGUUCGGCCAUUGCAUGCAGACUAUUUCCUCCCGAGAGAAGAGCUUCCCAUGGGCUUUCAGGAACUCGUUGAUCUGGGUCUCCUACAUGGAAGUAUCGUUGGGCUUUUGGAAAAGACCGCGGGCUGGGUCAGUUGCACAGUCUCGGAUUACAACGGGCUUUCCCCCGGCGGGUUGAAUAUCCGAGGCCUGGCUUUGGCAAGAGAUUUCGCCAGCAUCAUCCACUCCUGUCCUGAAAGCCAACUGGAGGUCCUAUUAUGUAUAGCAAUGGUGGCAUAUAUCAUAUCACUCAUCGAGGGCCCGGGAGGUCACUCAAGAGGCUUGGAAGAUCUGACGGCAAAUCUUCAGUUAUUCGACCUACGAACCUUCGACAUGCCCUUCCGUCUAUGGGCUGCCAGCGCCGUGGCAGCAGCCAACCCAACGGUGCCUUCGCCGCUACCUCACCGUUGGACACUCAUUGAUCAAGUGAUGACCUUGGGAGUAUCGGUCGAAACCUGGCCCGAAGCGGUCACUGUCUUCAACAAAUUCUUCUUCUGCCAACAUGACGAGAAGCAAUGGGAAAAUUGCUGGAAUGCUGCUUUGGCGAGAAAUGCAUCAUAUACAUCAUGA